GCCGCCGCCAAACAAAGAACAUGCUGCCCGCUCUUGUAAAGCUGUGCUGUGGAAUCUCCUACCCACACCUGAGGAGCAUGUCCAGCCUUCAACGUACAGCUGUGGCAGUGAUUGGUCAAGAGAUCACACAUCUGCAGCAACACAAAUAUAUGGAACUUCACACGAGACCGCACGCAGCCCUGAAUUACAGCGAACCCAGUGGAACAUCAAUGAAGGAAGAGUCUCUGAUGUUUGUAGAAGAAGGCGUCGGCGCGAUGCGGAAGGCUUUGAAGCUGUUGGAGGACAAAGAAGGAUGGAAGAUGGAGAUCAAAGAGAGUAAUGGUGACGUGGUGUUUAGCAAAGUGACGGAGGGGAGCAGAAAGGUGUUCAUGCUGCAGGCCGUCCUAGAUGCCAGCAUGGACGAGCUCUAUGACAUCUUGUUUCUCAGAGUGGAGGAAAUGCACAAGUGGAACCCAAAUGUGCAGAAAAUACAAAUUCUGAAGCAUGUUGGACCUCAAACGGUUGUCACUCACGAGGUGUCGGCGGAGAGAGCAGGAAACCUGAUUGGUCAGAGGGAUUUUCUGAGUGUCAGACACAGCUGCAGACAAAAAUCCUGUGUGUAUCUGGGAGGAACAGCAAUUCACCUGGAGUCCUUCCCGCCGCAGACAGGCUUUGUGAGAGGUGAGGAUGGGCCGACGUGUAUCGUCAUUGAGGACAUGAUGGAUGAUGGCUCACCAAGAAGCCGCUUCACAUGGCUCCUUAAUAUGGAUGUAAAGGGUUGGCUUCCAACAUCUAUUGUCAAUCAGGCUUUGCCACGAGAACAGCUGGAUUUCACCAGACACCUCCGCACACGUCUCACAGCUGGGGUCUCCUGAGGAUGAGGAGUUCACGGCAACAGUUAGCGCGGAGGAUGGGCAGAUGAAGGCACAGCAAAGCCUGGAUGAUGGGCAGAACAUUGCCUGGAAGGAGACAUGUUGCAUUGCCAGCCUGAGAAAUACAGGCUGGGUCAUAAUAGGAAGUGAUGUCAUGGGAUGCCAUUUAAACCUCACUAUGAAAAGGAUUCAAUGCUUCACACA